ACGUAGAGCCUCUGCCGUGCGCUCACACACUCGAUCGCUUGCUCUGCUGCUCUCCUGCCUCCCCCCUCACUCACACAUACACUCUCUCACACACACCCCUUUCAUAAGGUGCUGGCAGCAGCAGUGUUAGCAGCAGCAGGGACGGCAGCAGCAUUGAAAGAGGAGGGAGCCUCUGAGACAAAAUGUAGUCGCGUGAAUGAGCAUGUAGCCUCGCAGCCGCCGUCCUCCUUCACUGUGGAAUUACGGAACAAAAGAGGAGGACCAUUCUUCCGCAUCUGCAGUUUCCAUUUUUUUCCACCUUCCCCCUCGUCGUGGUUUUUCUGCCUUCCCCUCGCGCGUGUCGUCGUUUUCGACGGCGGCUAGUGGCAGAGCUGGAGACGAGGGAGGUUGACAAGGGCUUGUCUGCGGACUGAGAUCACCAAAGCUUCGAGGUCACCUCAGAGGCCGUUCUCGCCUUUCUUCUUUUUUUCCCUCCCCCUUUGCGUUUUCUCUUUUCCAGGCAGGCCUUUUGUUUUUCAGUGGACUUGUCCGAGGGGCUGCCGCCGUCGUGCUGAAUUGGGCUAUUGUUGGACAGGCAGGCCUCUCUCUCUCUCUCUCUCUCUCUCUCUCUCUCUCUCUCUCUCUCUCUCCCUCCCUCCCUCCCUCCCUCUCUUCACUAUACCCUAUCUUCCCUCCCUCCUCUAUCUUCCUUCAUCACUCCAUCCUUUCAUCGUGAUGCACCUUGCUUAAACUCAUAUGUGUGUUUGGUACACACGCAUUGUCCGGAAUUGUCUUUGCGCUGCUUCACGCUUUCCUUCUUGUCCCACCCUGCCGUCCCCCUCUUCUCCCAUCCCCGCAGUGCCUGGCGAUGUAAUGUGCCCUUCGUGGCACACGAAUCCGGAUGUUUGGCAGGGGGUCGGCGGGAUUUGUUCCAGCCAAGGGUGAUGCCUCAGAGGACAGCCCAUCCCAGCGCUCCCACACCCACCUCCAACCACUGAGCACGCCCGCCUGCGCCGCCACGUGUCACCCCCUGUUCGCGUGCGUACGUGCGCGUAUGUGUGUAUAUGCGUACGCACGGGUGCAUGUGCGAGAGCGCCCUUACCAUGACUCUGGCCUGAUACCUGGACUGGGGUGUCCCCUGCCAAUGUGGGGGAGGGACUGAACCUCAGGUUACUCCCCACCCCCUCCCUCCCCUUACCCUCUUCCCUCUCUCCCCCCCCCUUCUCCCCGCCACGGGUAACCUGCCGGCAUGAAGAAGACCCGCAGCACCAACUUCAGGCGGGCCUGGCCCAGCUCUGAUCUAUCGGAGCGGGCCUUAGAGCGCAUCCGCACUCGCAGUGAGAAGGACUACCACCACCAUAAGCACUUUCCACCACCCCCUCCUUCGACCCACAUCUCCCCUUCUCCGAGGGGCUACAUGACACCAGGCGAUGUAUCUCCAAUCAGUAUGUCACCCAUCAGUCAGUCUCAGUUCAUCCCACUGGGAGAGAUUCUGUGUCUGGCCAUCUCAGCCAUGAACUCUGCCCGCAAGCCUGUCACACAAGAUGCGCUGACGGAGCACCUUGCCACCUGCUUCCCGGGUGUACCCACUCCGAGUCCAGAGAUCCUGCGGCACACGCUGAACAUGUUGGUUCGGGAGAGGAAGAUCUACCCCACACCAGAAGGCUACUUCAUUGUUACUCCACAGACCUACUUCAUCACCCCGUCUCUCAUCCGCACCAACAGCAAGUGGUACCACCUGGACGAGCGACACCCAGAGCGACAGCAGCAGCAGCAACAACAGCAGCAGCAGCAGCAGCAGCAGCAGCAGCAACAGCUUCAACAACAGCAGCAACAGCUUCAACAGCAACAGGUGCCACCUCAACAACAAUGCACAUCACCACAAUCUGGAACCAUCACUCCCUCCACCUCUGGCUGUGUACGAGAAAGGCCUAACCCUAAGAACCACUGCGACUCCUAUAACACCUACCGCGACGAGGUGCCCAGCAUUCAUACCUCCACAAUUCAAAGGAAAUCCCCAAAAGAACCCAAAGGAGAUCCCCCUUCAUACCCACAACCCCCACCCCCUCCAGCUACCAUUCAGCACCCACCUGACCCCACCGAUAAGAGCAAGAGCAUGACCGCCACCUUCUCUUACAAGACAGACACGCUAACCAAGAAGAAGGAGGGCAGUGGUGUGGGCAGCAGUGAGAGGCAGUCUAAGAAGUUUGGGCUGAAGCUGUUCCGCUUGAGCUUCAAAAAGGACAAGACCAAACAGCUGGCCACCUUUUCAGCACAGUUCCCUCCAGAGGAGUGGCCCUUGAGGGAUGAGGACACACCGUCGGCCGCAGCAAUCCCCCGUGAGGUGGAGAUGGAGAUCAUUCGCCGCAUCAACCCAGACCUGACAGUGGAGAACGUGGCCCGUCACACAGCUGUAAUGAAGCGGCUGGAAGAGGAACGAGCUCAGCGCCUCAAAGCCAGCUCAGCACAGCAAAGUGCCCGCAGUCGCCGCAGCCGAGGUCACCGGCGUUUACCACACGGGAAGUCGCGUUCGCACAGCAAGACGCGAGCUUCUCGGGGAGACCCCUCAGAGGGCUCCAAUCUGGACCUGCCAGCAGUCAGCCUGGAGAGGGACUACCGUUUUUUCAGCCAUUCUCUGGUACGCUCGCCAAGAGAGGGAAUGUACACGGUGGAACGCAGAAGCGGUGGUGCCUAUCUUGUCCACAGCAACCCCAACAUUGCUGAGUCACACUUUCCUGUCACCCCGGAGUGGGAUGUUUCAGGGGAGCUUGCAAAGAGGCGGACAGAGAUGCCUUUCCCUGAGCCUUCACGUGGGACGUCACAUUCUAGAGUGCACCGGAGCCACAGCCACACUCAGGACCGCAAGUCACGUAACGAGCGGCCCGAUAAGGCUAAAGAGCGAUCACGUUCUAUGGACAACUCCAAGGGCCCGCUGGGAGGUGGGAGCUCCACGCUUGGCACGGCUGAGGAUUACGACCGCAGUCCCGAUGACAGAAGCCGAUACUAUACCGACGAUGGGACGCUAAGGGCCUCCUCUCAAAAGGCCCCGCACUAUUCAUGCAUCAUGUUUUCUGCUGCCAAGUUUAGCUCGGAAAUGUCUGUACUUGAUAUAGGCAAAAUGAGUUUGGAUGAAUCGAGGCUCUGUAGCCCUCUAGAACGGAACAAGAGCAGGGACAGCCUCCCAGCCUACAGUGACCUGAAGGCCCUGUCACCAAAGCCUUUGGCUGAUGACUACUUUCAGUGCAAUACAUCGAAUGAAACAAUCCUUACUGCCCCGCUGCCUCUGGGCAAAUCUGACCAUGACACUUUAACUCCAUCUGACGGAAUCCGCAAGGGCUCUCCAGCUGACCGGCAGACACCGCACCUCCCCUCUCCUCACCCCUUGGAGUACAAAGAGGACUCCUCGACAAAGGGGCACAACGGUUCUGGCAAACCCACACCGAGCCAGACACCUGAGCCGAUGCCCAAUGGACGGUUGAUACAGCACCAACACAACACUGACCCAGGGGGCGGGGGAGGUGGUGGUAGCACUGGUGGCGGGGUGGACAAGAGGAAAGAGAUUUUCAGUAAGGACACUUUGUUCAAACCGCCACUCAAUGUUUUGACUGUGAGCUAUGUGGACAGUGGCUACUCAAAGCCAGGCACUUUGCGUAAGACUCCACAUAUGAAAUCAUCCGAGGUCCUUGACACUCUGGAGACCCAACAGCCACCUAACUCCACCCCUUUGUCUGCUUCUGCCCCGGCACCUACAGGCACAGAACAGGGUGCUCCCUCCACAUCUGAAGCUGCUUUUGACUAUUACAACGUGUCAGAUGAUGACGAUGAGGAGGAGGUAGAGGAGGCCUCCCGUAAAGAGGCGGCCCCGACAGAAUCAAAGGGGCGGGCAGGGGCCGGGGAUGGUGGUGGAGGUGGUGGGACCAUGCAGUGGUUGCUAGAACGGGAGAAAGACCGGGAUUUACAGCGGAAAUUUGAGAACAACUUGACUCUACUUAGCCCUAAGGAGAGCGAGAAUAAUAACAGCCAGAAGACUGCUCACUCGGCACGGCUGGACAGCAUGGACAGCAGUAGUGUGACUGUAGACAGUGGGUUUAACUCCCCUCGCACACGGGAGAGUCUGGCGUCCAACACCUCAAGCAUUGUCGAGAGUAACCGGCGACAGAAUCCAGCCCUGAGUCCAGGCCACAUGGGUACCACCAGCAUCGGCCCCCCAUUCAGCUUCCGUGCAAUCCCAGAGCCCCCUACCACGCAACCUGAGAAACUGCAGAAAUCCCCCAACUGCCUUGCCUCCAUCACCAGCGUCUGACAUGGGCCCAUCUGGGUUGACGUAGGGUCAGGGUGAUCUGCAAUGUUGGGGUGCCUAAGUGCAGGAGGUUGGGUGACUCCCUCCAUCAAGCACCUCGACUACAUGGGGACUGUUAAACCCGCAGGCAUGGCUUCCAGAGACUGUUCCCACAGCAUCAAAGGUCACUGCAAAAAAAGAGGAAAAAGGGAAAAAUGGAAAAGAAAAUUUCUCAUCAUAGGAUUUACCUUCACAAGCAAUUAAUCAGGAAAUUCUGCAGUCGGAAUCAACCGUUGUUUUCAAAAUAGGCUUGAAGUAACUGGUAAUUUAACAAUGUUUUGUUUUCAAGAGUAUAUUUUGUCAGUCACAGAUUAGAGAUCAUCCAGCCAAUGGAUUAAGUUUGCACGCAUUAAGAAGUAGAUGCUGAUGUGCUGGUCAAAGGUAUUAAAGAUUUGUAAUAUUGGUAUGCAUUACAAUUUAAAAAAAUAAGGCAUAAAAGCUCUCAUCUGAGCAACAUUUAAUUCAUGAUUCAUAAAGUUGUAUAAUAUUCCUAAAAAUAAACUCAUUUCUCAUGACAGUUAGAUGCAUUGGUGAAACAAUAAGAAUUAUACUCAUAUGCUUAUUAAAACAAGUACAUAGACUGAAUUAGUGGAAAAAAUGUUCUCAUUCUGAAAUUAAAGAUUUUUUUUCUUUUAUUUUUUACCCAAACUUAUUGUGCAUACAAUUACUUUGUAUGCAACUUUACACUACGUAAUGGAUUUACCUGUUUCAUUAAAGUUAAUAUUAAUCUCAGGUCAUGAACAGUUAACUCUCCUAAGAAGAGGUAAAGCAUCAGUUAGUCUGUAAUCAUGUUUCUGUGGAUCGUUUCACCAGUCUUUGUUUUUUUAAGGGAAUAAAACACAUUCUCGGUAGACAAAAAUACAAAUUAUUUCAAUUACAUUUUUGUCAGGUGUAGAUUAUUUUUAUUAUGUUGAUUCCCUUUUGAAAUAAAAACAACUGUGUGCCAGUGUGAAUCCGAUACCAAGUCUCAUGAACCAGGAGACUUGUGGAUGUCAUUGUUGGUUUGGAAACAUGCUUGUCUUCUUCUGUGUAGCUUGAUGGCUCUAUUUGUUUUCACGAAAGGAGGAGGAUGUUGGAAAUCGCAAUGGCGGGAACACGGGUGUUGUGUCCAAAAACACUCCAAGGAAAGGUCAUAACAGUUCUCUUCCUUUGGGCCAGUGGGAUUCAGAGACUCGGCCCUUUUGCUGCUCUGAUGAAACCUUUAUUUUGAAAAAUGUUCUUUCUUGAGUUGAAUCCAGACCACUAUGGUGUUUUAAUUUUUCACCUUUGUUUUCCCUGGGAAUUGAGCUGGUUUUCAAGCCAUGUCCCUGACCUAAAUGCAAAAUAUGGUCAACAGAUGACAUGGUUACAAUUUAUGCCACAGCCAACACAUUAUCUGUAUAUUCACAAUAUUCUCAACCUUUUCAUGAUUUCAAUAAAUGCUUCUUUUAGGUUGGAACAACUGA